UGAGAGAGUUGAAGACAACUUUAACUGGAGUUGGAGUUGGAGAAAAGUUUCCGUACUGGCGGUGAUCAUAUAUACGGAGCGCAUGGAAUUCCCGCUUCUUGUUGUGGGGCUGUGUCUGCUUGAUGCCCGCAGCACCGAUGGGCUCCCGGUCAACAGCUCGGCGGUGUACCCGGCUAGCGGCAGAGAAACCUGGGCACGACCUCCGAUCAAGGGCAACCGACUGGGUGACAUGUUGCACCACGGCAGGCGUAACCGCUGUAAAACCGAGGACUACUACAGGGUGAGGAGUGACCUGUGCUGCAGAAACUGUCCAGCAGGAACCCACGUCACUGAGCACUGUCGCAAAGAUCAAGAGAGGGCAAAGUGUGAGCCGUGCGUGAAGGGAGAGGCUUUCACCGAGUAUGAAAACGGACUGACCGAGUGCAUGCCUUGCACCGUUUGUCGCGAUGAUGAGGAGCAGGUUGCGGCUUGCAAUGUGAGCAAGAAUGCGGUGUGCCAGUGCCAAGCGGGGCGGUACUUUUGCACAGACAACCGGGUCUGUGAGAUGUGUCGCCGAUGUACAUCGCGCUGCCCAGAUGGUGAGAUUGUGCAGAACAACUGUACACCCACGUCGAACACAGUGUGUCGAAAGAACAUCCCUGGCAAAGAUUCACCUCAGAUGAGCAGGGGAAUGCUGGCUGUUGUGAUCGUGUCAUCUCUCGUUCUGGCUCUCGCUUUCUUUCUCGGUCUCAUUCUCGCUGUGCGUUACAUUUGGAAGAAGUAUCCGCAGCUCCAGCAGAGUGGUAUCUAUGGCAAGAUAUGUCGACACUGGAGCGAAAGGGAUUCUCCAGAUCCUGAGAAUGAAAUGAUGCAGGGAGCAGACCCAGCGUUGGUAAAUGAUAAUCACUUGGGCACAAGUGGAAGAGGAGGAACUUCUGUGGACACUUCUGGCCACAAUGCGGACAAUGACAAUUCUGAGGCGAUGACUUUACUUGUGAAUAAGCCUGAAGCAUCACCUGAAGACCGAGCUGGAGCGUGUGACCAGGGCCCGUGUCACAGCAGGACUGUUGACCUGCCAUUAGACCAAGGGGAUACCUCUUUGAUAGGACAAAAUGGACUGAGUAGCUCCAGAGAUCUUGCUUGUGUUCUGAACACUACCUCACUGUGUAACUGUGGAGCCACGGGCAACGAGACGGGCGGAGCUAGCAACGCGAGAUGUUCUGCUGGAAUUACGCCUUCAGUUUCUGACACAGACACGGUAACCAGUAAGCAUCAUUGUUCAGACAACAAAUCCAGGCAGAUAGAAGAUUUACGACGAAGCUUCAAUUUAUUUAUUGAAAAGGUACCUCUUAAAAAGUGGAGACAGUUUAUGCGAAAACUUGACUUGACUGACAACGAGAUAGAAACGGCUGAGACGAACAAUAGCAAGAACAUUGAAGAAGCCCACUAUCAGAUGCUCAACACCUGGCUGCAGAAAGCAGGCCGAGCCGCCUCUCUCAAUGUCCUGCUCAACACACUGAAGGACAUGGACCUCAAUGAUGCUGCCGACAAUAUCCAGAAAAAUCUAAAGAGCAGUAGUUAUGAAGUUUUGACUUUAGAUCUACAGAGCAGAAACAGGCCCAUCGUCGCUGUGAGUCCGCCCUGAUCAGCGAUAUCAUCCUGCGCGCACAUAAGGAACAAGAUACAAUUUGACCAAAGCAAUGUAACCUACAAAGAUGUACUUCGUGGUGGACCUACAUUUUUGGGGCACUGAAGCUUGAACUGUUAUGGAGGCCCCUUCACAACCAGCAGUGAGGUCUGGCUAACCAUUGUCAUGUUGUUCAAUGGGGUUGUUCCACAACAGAUCAGCAUGUUUUAAUUUCU